AUGUUAAGACACUGCACCCGUCACUUCUCCGUCGCCAGACCCGCGUUAGCCAACUAUGGCUUCAUCGGCCUUGGCCAGAUGGGCCAGCACAUGGCCAGACACAUCUACAACAAGUUGGACCCCCACGACAAGUUGUACGUGUACGACACUUUGCCGCAACACACCCAGACGUUUGUGGAGACCGUGCGCCAGACCACCCCCGAGAACGGGGCCCAGCUCCAGUCGUUGGACUCCAUCGCCUCGUUCGUCCACGACGUCGACGCCCAGUUGGACUACGUGAUCACCAUGGUGCCUGAGGGCAAGCACGUCAAGGCAGUGGUGCAGGAGUUGGUGGAAAACUACAAAAAGACCGACAUCUCCGGCUCCCACACCACCUUCCUCGACUCGUCCACUAUCGAUAUCCCCACCUCCAUUGACAUCCACAACUACGUCAAGCAGGAGAUCCCUGCCUUCGACUUCAUCGACACCCCAGUGUCGGGUGGAGUUGCUGGUGCGCGUAAGGGGACGUUGUCGUUCAUGUUGUCCAGAGAAUCACACGACGCCAUCUCGCCCUCGUUGUUGCAAUUGUUAACCAAGAUGGGUACCAACAUCUUCCCCUGUGGUGGAAACCACGGCACAGGCUUGGCUGCGAAAUUGUCCAACAACUACUUGUUGGCGGUAACCAACUUGGCGGUAGCCGACUCCUUCCAGUUGGCCAAGUCGUUUGGGUUGGACUUGAAGAAGUACGCGCUGUUGGUGGCUGUUUCCACCGGAAAGUCGUGGGCCUCGGUGGACAACUGUCCUAUCAAGGGUGCUUACCCUAGCGAAAACAACUUGCCUGCUGAGGUCGAUUUCGCAGGUGGUUUCAUCACCAAGUUGACCAGAAAGGACUUAGUUUUGGCCACCCAGAGCGCCGCAGUCAACAACCGCUUCUUGUUCUUGGGCGAGGCUGGUAAGCACUGGUACGACAAGGCAUGCGAGAGGGAAGACAUCGCCAACAGAGACUUGGGGGUGUUGUACGAGUGGCUCGGAGAGCUUGAGCAAAAUGAAAACGGCCAGUUGGUUGAGGUCAAGGGCAAGCAGUAA